AUGGCGGCCUUGAUCAUCUUUGCCGUGAUAAUUUUACUCCUCGUGGUGGUCGGGAUAGUCGGUGCGCUCGUAUAUUUUACGUCCACCACUGACGACACGACCACAGCCACAACCGAAACAACGGCUACGGGCAGCACCAACACGGCCGCGGACUCUACUACUACUGCUACUGGAGCCCUGACUAACCGAUCAUGUACUACUACUAGUGGUGGGAGCGGCAAUCGUCGAAUGCCGCGCCUUGGACUCGGUGUGUACGCGGGACAAGAGGCCAAGGGACUGGAUGUGGGCUUUGAGUGGAGAUACUACACCAUGGCCGAGCUCAGCAGCCCCACGACCAGGGGCGAGUACGACUGGACGACCCUCGAAAAGGAUCUGGCUGGCGCCAAGUCCCGUGGCAGGCCAAUGGUGGUGCGGAUCCAGGACCAGAGUGGCACCAACUCUGGGGACGACCAAAAGUCUCUACUGCCGCCUGGACUGGUCGUCCGCGGACGUGCAGCAGUUUGA